AGUUGAAGCGUGGGCCAUCUAAAAACUCCAUCUCGGAAGUCCUCCUCACUGCGUGUUUCAACGGAAUGCUUCUAUCAUCACCGAUUGAAUUGGAUAAGGCCCAUUAUAGGAGGUAUAAGAAGAUGGAGACAAGGUGCGUUAGAUAUGAACAGGGAUUGGAUACACAAUAAAAACAGGUUGAGUAAUCAAUAUCGUGCUGGUAUUGAGUCAUUUAUGGAAGUUGCAAGCCAACAUGUGGAUGAGAAGAAUGAGACUCCAUGUAAUGAUAUGAAGGAUGAAGAUUUUAUUGAUGAUGAUGAUAUUGAAGAAAUACCUUCGGGUGAUGACGAGGGCAGUGUUCACAGUGACGAUUAUAGUGAUUUGGAUUGAAGUGUUAGGUUGUCUUUUGUAUAGGCACUACAUAUUUCUUAAUUAUCUUCAAGUUACUAUAUGUUUUCCUCAAUCUGUUUUAAGGGGUAAGGUCUGUAAGGUUUGUAUAUUGAAGAAAUAUCUUCGGAUAAGGUUUGCAUAUGUCCUCCCCAUGUAAAUGAAAUGCGUGUGCGUGCUAUUUUUCUUUCCUAUUGAUAAAGUAUGAUGUUCAAUCAUUUUUUGAUGAAUAAUUCCUUUAUCUAAAGGACGUUUGUGAUGAGAAUCGAUAUCAUUACAGCUGAAGUAUGAUGUUCAAUCAUUUAUUUUUAUUUUUUUCAAGGAAUGAUCUAGUAGUAUAUUGUUGUAUUCUCUCUUUGUUUAUGUGUUUGUAAGUGUAGAAUGACACUUACGAGAGCUGCUACCUUAAGCAACAAUAACAAUAAGAAGAAGGAAACUUCAACUCUACUACCACCACAGCCACUUGAGCAACCAUGUCAGCUGCCACAACAACAAUCAACUCAGCCACAACAAGGUACUUCAUCAGCCUCAGGAGGGGGUUCUCGCCAACAGGUUCAUGUUUGAUGUGGACUUAACGGAUCCGGAUAUAUGGAAAUUUAUUACUGACCAUAUGCACUCAACUUAUAAAGAAUGGAAAGCAAAGUUCCACAGACACUAUAAGCAAUAUGCUUCUGACCCUGAUCUUGCACGAGAAACACCUCCCCCUGAAAAGAUCUUUGGUACUCGAAGGACUCUAGAAGAGUGGCAUUAUUUGGUUGAUACAUUGUACACAAAUGAGCAAUAUCAGAAACGCUGCAAGACCAAUGCUGAGAACAAAAAAAAGAAAGAGUUUGAUCAUACAGGGGGGUCACGUCCUUUCCUAAAACAUAUGGAAGCUGCUAGAGAGAAGAAGAUGAAUGAAGAGUAUGAGAAGGCCAAGCAACAAGUGGCAGAGAGUUCAGGUACUCCACUAGAUCAAGUCACACUCCCUAUCCCACAACAGUUAGAGAUCAUGACUGUAGAACUUGGGGUUGCAAAGGGCAAGAGGAUUCGAGGCUUGGGUUCUAGUCUCCGAGUGGAGAGUUCGCAUAGUGGUGGAGUUGCCUCUUCUUUUGCUACACAGCAAAAGGUUGAGGAACUUCAAGGCACAGUAAGUGAGCUUCAGGGCACAGUGGGUAAACUUUUGGAUGUCAUUGAGUGGAUGCGAACCCAUGAUGGUCCUCUACCUUCACAUAUAGGUGUUCUGUCCUCGCAUGUUGGUGAUUCUCCUUGUGAUUAUGAUCAAGGUAAUAGUGGUGGUUCACGUAAUGUUUAUGAGAAUUUGAUAAUAUUGGAAAUAGUCAUUAGGUUGUGUGUACAUACUUGAUGGUUUUUGUAUCUAGCCUACCUUGGGGGUUCUAGGGGCUUUGUAUCUAGCUACUUGAUGGUUUUUUUUAUCUAGCAUACCUUGGGGGUUUUUGUA